GGGCACAUAUGUAAUGGGUUUUGUCCUUCGACAAACAUUGUCUUUAAUCUGUGAAUAAGCGUUCCUGUAUGAUACGUACCGUGCUUGUUAUUGGAUGAGCGACACACAAAGUUAUAUUAUGGUUCAAACAGUGAAGAAAGCUUUAGCGUAUUUGUAUGGACACAGUUCAUUCAGAACAUCAGAGGCAUGCGAAACAUAUCAUUGGAUUAAAGCUGCUCGUCACAGGUGAUGAAGCUAAGAUGGAUAUAAUUCCACUUAUACUUCAGGUAUAGAGGUAUUCAGCAAUGCAAUGUGUAUCCACUGAAGAAAUCAUUCUUCUAUGGGGUGAUCACAUGUAAGCGUCAAUUUUGCUUUCAAAAGCCUUCAUCGGUCUGUGGUACUUUCCAGGAUUAAAAAUGUCUGAAAAAAAUCGUGUUCCUCCUCCGCUAAAGUUAGCGGACCAGAUGACCAUGCAGGGAGUCAAACAGGUUGCUGACGUCACAUCCUGUAGAUUGCGGCGUUGCUUCUGGUUCCUUGUUGUUUGUGGCGGGCUCACCUUCACCGCCUUCAACAUUGCCAAACAGGUCCAACUUUAUAUGUCGCUGCCUGUCAACGUCGAUAUCGACGUCAAGUUGGCACAGGCGCUGCAGUUCCCAACGGUGACAGUGUGCAACACCAACGUUCUGAAGAAAUCACAGAUGGAUUAUCUAAAUUUAACUGAGGCGGUGCAGGAAGUGUUUAGAUAUGAUUUCCAAAGUACAGAAACAUUUGAUGACAUCAGGUACGACUUUUCCUUUUUGAAGGAGAAGAAUGUUUAUGAAGCAAACCUCAAGUAUGGACACAGCAUCAAUGACUCUGUCAUUCGGUGUGAAUGGGCGGGGGUAGAAUGCGAUACAGAACAUCUGGUCAACACGAACACAGAGAUGGGAGUCUGCUUCUCGUUCAAUGGUAACGGCAGCAUCUCCAACGUAGGCUCAGGGAGGUACUUUGGCCUGCAAUUGCUUCUGAAUGCUAAGUCAGAGGAGUUCAUCAGAAGUCCUCACAAAACAGAGGGUCCGGGAUUUAUGAUUGCCGUGCAUUCACCUGACAUCCCACUGGUGAUGAAUGACAUCGGGAUGGCGCUCACUCCAGGCUCGCUUCAUUUCCUUGGCGUGGAGUUAGCGACGGCGACGUCACCAAAAGGCCUGGAUGGUUGUGGGAGCCAGAGCCUCAAGUACUACAACAAAACCUACACCCGUGAGGCUUGCCGUAUUGAAUGCAUCACCGACUAUGCUCUGGAACAGUGUUCCUGCCGUGAUAUAUAUAUGCCCGGGAAUGCACAACUAUGUUUACCGGUGCAAGUCAUUCAGUGCUUGAUUCCAGCAAUGAUCAGAUAUCAUUCAACACGUGGAGAAUGUGAGUCGUCUUGUCCACAAACCUGCUCCUACACCUCCUUCAACGUACGUUCAUCAUCCAGUCUUAGGGUGACAGAUGAAUACCUCUCCACGCUGGCUAACGUCACCAACGAUACACUGGAAUACUGGAGAAGCAACUACGUGGCUGUAGACGUCUACCUGUCGUCGAUGACGUAUCAGAGUGUCGAGAAGAGAUAUGCGUAUUCGGUGCUUGAACUUUUCUGUGACAUAGGUGGCGCUCUGAGUCUAAUUUUAGGAGCAAGCGUUGUUACUGCCCUGGAGGUUAUAGACUUCGCUGUACUUCGCCUCUAUACAUAUUGGUGUUUUAAGAGCCAUACCACAAAAAUAGAUGUGAAACCAGCUAAAGGAACCUAAUACUCCUUUCAGUGCAAGUUGUAAUACAGGAACAAGUCUCUGUGUCCAAAUAAUGAAUGUAUAAAAGCCACAAAAUGUCAUUAAUCAUGGAAAAUGUAUGACCUUAACAGAGCCGAUAAUACUAUUCUGACAAUGUACUGAGCGUUGCCUUAUUGAUAGCAUUCCCACAGUGAUGGGACAAGUUAUGAGGAUAUCAUGUCAUAAAUACAUGCAAAGGCAAGACAAGUGUACCCCUGAAAAAGAAGCACAUUAACAGAUGAAAUACUGAGUUGCAUCGGACCUAUUUGAGUCACCGUGAGGCAAAUUUGGGAAUCCCCCCCCCGUAUAUCUUAAAAAAAAUUAAAGGUUGGAAUUUCCCCUUUACAUUUGUCAUAUUUGAUAGUGAUUAUGUCAGAUGUUUUGUCAAAAUUUCUGAGAUUUUUUUCACAAAUGAAUUUUUUAUAGAGCUUUCGAAUCUUGUACAAAAGAGGAAAUGACCUGUCUUCAGAUGUUUUGUUCUGUAUGCAUAAUGUUAGGUGAUUUCAUUAGACAGGUUCCCCGAUAAUCAGUUGAUGCGCUACCUACGUAUAAUGAGGAUGUCAUUGUCAGUGAGAACAACUACAAACGUAUGAUGUAGGCUAACCAGCCAGACAGAUAAAAGUAGGACAAAAUCAGUAACUUUUGUUGAUUGCAAUUCUCUUCCAAUAUAGUCAUCCUUUCUUUAGCCCAUUCUUGGUAUUUUCCUCGACAGUAUCUUAAAAGCUGUUAAAGAUGCGAUCCCCAUAGAUUGUUUACUAUGCUGAACCACAAAAAAAACGUCGCUUUUCAAAACCAAAUGCCAGAUUUUGUUCUUAGAAAGUGGUGUUUUUAUAUUGAUUGUAUCGUGUUGUUAACAUGUUUUUCAUACAAACUGAGAAUUAC